AGAAUAAUUAUUUCCAUGGGCUCGAGGCUAGAUUCAUGGUUGCCUAGAUACCAGCAAACUUUCUUUCGUGUGCGUUAUUUGAGAUAAUUGUUGUUGAGAUCAAAGGGAAAAUGAAUUUGUAUGGAAACCUGGACAUAAAGUGGUCCGCUGGGUAUGGAGGCAGUCCUAUACACCAUAUUGACAAUGACACCCUUGUUUAUGGUUCGGGUAACCUGGUGACUUUCAUGAAAUCCAACGGAAAAGUGAUUCGGAGCAUACAGAGUGAAGGCAGUGGAGUUGGACCUGUAGCCGUUUGUCCGAAGGCAAAUUUGUUUGCCUACGCUGAAUGCACAAUUCAGCCGAGGAUAUUUAUCCUGAGUUACCCCACAUGCAAGGUGGAGGCUGUCCUCGAAGGUGGAGCGCAGCUAGAGUACUCCCACCUUGUCUUUUCAAGUGAUGGCAAAAAAGUAGCCAGUGUUUCCUCUGUCCCUGAUUUUACCUUAUCUCUCUGGAAUUGUGAGGAGUGUACAGUAAUUUGUGAUACCAAAGUGGGUACCAGUGUGUCCCAGAUUUCAGUCAAUCCUCUCAACUGGAAGCAGCUAUGUGUGGUGAGCUCUGCCAACGUCACUCUGUGGAACUUGGAGCAAUGCGAUGAUGUUAACUUACUCUCACCAGUGAAAGCAGUCUUACCAGAUAUUGAGGCAGCAGUGGGUUACCAGUCGCACCCAAUCCUCCCCUGCUCAUCAAACGAUGCAAAGCUGGAGCAUGCAAGUCAGAGGUUGGAGCGAAGGGAUACCAAACUAGAUGGAGGCCUGACUCUGUUCACGCCCACUGAUAUUUCCAAAGUGCUGUAUUCUGAGAGCUAUAACACAUUUAUGCAGAAGAGGGUUCUCGUAGAGCCCAAGUGUCACUGUUGGACCCCUGAGCAGAGUGUGUAUGUGGGGUGCUCUGGAGGACAAUUACUUAUGAUGGAGUCAGACAGCGGAGUUACCAAACUAGUAGCAAACCCACAACUCACUGCUUAUUGCCCAUCUCCUGUGCCGGAUGAAAUCCACAAUACCAACAUACUGUCAAAGAGAGAGAGAAAAGUCAGUAUCACUGAGUCUGAGGUUGCCUUAAAGACUGGUCAUGCUCUGUUGAGGGAGGGCUCUGUGGAUUGCAUUGCACUUAGCAGGAAAGGCUUAUUCACUGCUGGCAAGAAUGGUCAGAUCAACUGUUUUGAAUCUAGCAGCAGUUUAAAGCUCCUUGGUACCUGUUCUGUUAAUCAGCCCGUGGUGUCACUCUCCUGGUCCUUCAACUACAGCCAAUUGGUCCUGGGCACAGCGGAAGGCUCUGUCUUCUGUGUAGACCCAAACAAACUGGAGAGUGGAGCGACUACCAUCUCAAGCACUGGGAGGUCUCGACUGAUAGGGGUGGAUGUCAUCACACCCGGUACUACACAUUGUAUUAGCUGUAGAAGAGAUGGUACUCUUCAUGUGUGGAGUAUUGAAAAUGGCCAACUCGUCUCUACCCUCGAAUUGAAUACUGAGUGCACCAGUAUAGUGUGUCUUGCUAGCAGCCACACUGCAAUGGUUGGUACCUCCUCUGGACAACUGCUCCUGAUUGCACUCAAUGAACUAUCAGAACCUCGACUGGUCUGGAAAAAAUUCAUGCAUAAUGGGCCAGUGAAAGCUAUAAGGUGUGACGAUGCUGGUAAAUUUAUGGCAACUAUGUCUGACAAGGGAGAAGUUUUCUUCUAUGAUGCUCGAGCUUCAACUGGCUUUCAAGUUAUUGGGUAUACAGGUGUGCGUGGAGACUUGGUAGAUAUCUCUUGUUGUGGAGAGCUUGAUGAGAGACACGUACAGUUUGGGGUGCUCUCCACCACUGACGGAAGAAGUCUGAUCACAACACUGAAGCUCCCUAUACAUGUUCUGAAUGAAAGUCCACCAGAGCUGUAUAGUGAUGCUACCAAGCAGUUUUCUAGCAAAUUUGUCCAGGUUGUGGAAGCAUUUGUCUCUGAGAGAAUAUCUUCCCUCACACUAGCCCCUGGUGACGCAGCAUUCUCUUUUCUGGACUCAAAUUUCCACCUAUCCAAGUUCAAGCUGUCAUCUGAGCAGGGUGCAGUUCUAUCAUUACAAUCAUCUUUUGAAGGCCAUGAAUUGAAAUGUGGGAAGCCUAUCUUGUCGUUCCAUCAAGAAUGGAUGUUGUCUGCAGGCUGUGAUGGAAAGCUCUUGCUAAGACUUGUUGAAAAGCCUGAACCUGCAGUUGUCUGCACACCACACCACUAUCGCUCUGGAGGUUGUAUUGACGCUGUGUUCACUAGAGAUGGUCAGUAUGUGCUCACGGCUGGUGACAAUACAAAUCUAACUUGCCUGAAGAUGGUAUUCAAAGAGCAAGGAAAAUUGAAAGGUGCUACUGCUAUAGAAUACCACCAGAGGUGUGUGCGAAAGCUGGGUGAGGUCUGCAGCAGAGAGAACCAAAUAGUAGCCGAGUUGCCUGUUUUCUCAGAGAGUGAACCUAAGGAUGAAAAGAGUUGGCUUGACAUGUCCAAAGAAGAGGCUCACAAAACUGAGGAUGAGAAGUAUGCAGAACUAAAGUCCCAAUUAAGAGAAGAGAUCAACAAAUUGAGAGAGAGGGUUCUCACAAUGAUAGCCUCCAAUGCCGAUCUACCAGAUAUCGAGAGGUUGGAGCGUCAAGAUUUUAUUCUUGACACCGAGGAGCAUCAGCAGAUUUUGGCCGAGGAAGAGAAAUUAAUUGAGGGAGUGAAGGGCGAGAUUGAGAUGGUGAACCUGGCCAACAUGUUCCUGAGGGAGCAGAUCAAGGGAGAGUGCUGGGACAGCAUGGCAGUGAAAGGGAAGACUCUCAAGGCAUUUCGAAACCAUAUCCAAGUGAACAACUACCCACUCAAAGGGCGCAGUGAAGCCACUAAGAAAGAGACAAGACGAGUUGAAACUUUAAGAAAAAUUGAGAUAGCAGAGAAAAAGAUUCGAGACGAAGUGGGAGCAUCACUCAAGCAAACACUUCAAUCUUUCAGAUCAGAUGAGGUGAUUGAAGAUGAUGAGCUAGUGGGUGAGGAAAAGAUAGAGGAAGAGAUGGGUGACCCAAACAGUAUGUUGGGUAGCCAUGGAGCCCAGCUAGGGGGGGAGUCAAAACUCUUGUGCGACCAGUUUCAUCUCCACUCUCCAGUUAUGAAGAAGCACCAAAUUGUCCUCUUGGAGGACUGUAUCUUUAGAAUGAAAGAAACCUUCAACAAGGAAUUUUCAGAUGCCUUCCGUGCCAAAGAGAACGAGAUAGCCCGCAUUCGAGAAAAAAACAUUCGCAUCAGUAAAAUCAUUAGCCAGCUCAAACUGAACGACUCGCUGAUAGAACCCAGCCUAGAUAUAGAAGAACAACCAGACCGCCUGCUCUCAGUUGAUGACAGCGAGGUCACAGUGGAGAAGUACAUUUCUCCGGAGGAACUGAAAAGAAUUGAAGAGGCGGAAAAAUCUGAGGAAGCACGGAUAUUGGCUGAGAUGGGGGACAACCCACGAGAUAGGGCUCUCAAUAUGAUGAUGGGGGGACGCCUUGAGGCCAAUGUGGAAGAGGAUCUGUUUAAGGACAUGGCUAAACCAGAGCUUAUGUCCAAGGACCCCACUGAGUUGACAGAGGAGGAAAUCAUUAUUGUGAGGGAAUUUCAAAAGAAGGAAGAAGCCUUCUUGGAGGAGAGGGAACGACUUAAGAAAUCUCUAGAGGCUGAGUUAAACAAACUCCAAACUAGUAUUGUUCAGGGCAUGGAACAGUUUGAUGAGAGAGUGCUCAAGCUAUUUCAGCUCAAAAUCCGCACGGAAAUGGCUAUACAUCAAGAAGAGUUGAAAGUGUUGCGGCUGUCCAGGGCUCUGCUGGUCGAGUUUGAAAUCACAAAAAGAGGAAGGCAGCUGAAUCAAAUCCUGGAAGAUAAAAAAGUGGCAAAGAUUCAACUUAGCAGUCUUAUCUCAAAUGCCAAGAAGAAGGUGGAAGAUUAUCGAGACGAAUAUGAGCAACACCAGACAGAGGAUAGGGAGAUGGACAAAGCCUUCAAGAAAGACUUUGCCGACUGUGAGCCCUAUGUCGACCAGCUUUACAAGUUGUUUCGAAAAAGGCCGAGGGGACAGAAAUUGAAGCAGGUACCCAGUGAGACUGGUCUUGUGGCUGAUCCCACCUCGGAUAAUCCGUUUGCCCUCCGACCUUCAUCUGCCGCUAAGGGGGGUGGGCGUAGUGGUGGAUGGGAGGAGCAGAUGAGCAAGCUGGAUGAAGUCAGUCAUAUGCCAGAGAAUUUGGAGCUCUCCAGCUGGGAUAGAUUUGUCAUCUAUAGACACAAAAAGAUUGAGAGUGAGCUGAAGGUGAAGGGUGUAGCGCUGAAGCUGGCAGAAAUAAACGAUUUCCUACAGAAGAGACAGGCAGAGGAUGAAAGUAUUCAACAGGACAUUCAGCAGGCUUUCAAAGAACUCAACAAGCUUCAAGAGGAUAAGAUGAUUUUUGAUAUGAAUCUUGAGAUUCAGUUCCUACUCAAGCAGGGUCAAGUGGAGGUGGAUAUGGACGGUUUUGUGCCAGAUUUCACAGACAGUGUAUUGGUCCAUCGCAGUCGUAUUGAGGAACUCAACAGUCAGAUUAGGACUCUUGGCGAGUCCAAGUUGAGUAGCAUGACUGAGUGUAAGGACUUCAAACGUGGUAUCAACACGCUGGAAUGGGAACACAAGAAGAUGCGUAUGGAAGCUGAAGACUUAAUCGAGAAGGCAAAGGACAUUCAGCUGCUCCGGGUAACCAAGGAUCUGCAACAGAGACUAAUGGAAGAAAAUGUAGCAGCAAAGGAUCAGAACGAAAUCGAAACUCUUGAGAAUACCAUUGAACUUACUCAAAAGAUGAAUCGCAAGUCGAUCCGUGGUUGUCAAAAGACUCUGCACAAGCUUCAACGGAAGGUUGAUGAGCUCCACUCAACUAACACUGGACUGGACAGACAACUGCUGGAGAUGGAGGUCUCAGUGGCAGAGAGACAACAGAUCGAGAGAUUGGCAGGUAUUGCUCCCUCGGAGGCCAACAGAGAGCAGCGUAUGCAGGACAUAGUGACUAGACGGCGAUUAGUGGAAGCGGCUAAAGGCCAUGACCAAGAGAUAUCAGUCCUCAGGACUGAGCUGGAGAGACAGAGGAUGCGAACAUUCCCUGCCCUUGUGCAAGUAGACUGAAUGAACUAUUGAACAUAAUUAUCUAGAUUUAGCUCUUCUGACUUAUAUAAUUACAGUCUCAUAGAGCAUUUUCUUUAUGUAUACUGUUAUAGUUAUAUUAUACAUACACGUACAUGCACUUGCUGUCUGUUGUUAUAAUUAUUUGAAAUAAAGAAA